AUGGAAGGGACAAUUGGAUUACUGUUAAUAAUCAACGUCUGUGUCUUGUUUCAUAGUGUUUUGUGUCAGGAUAUCAUCUUUUAUUUACUAGAGCAAAAAAGAUCGGGUACGGUUGUUGGGAAUGUGGCCACUGCAAGCGGUGUCGCCCAAGAUCAACCAAGUGAAGCACCGUAUUUAAGAUACUCUUUCAUGAAUCCUAAUAGUCUACAGACAUCUCUGUUCGGCAUCAAUUCCAAGACAGGUGUCAUUUAUACGACUGCCAUGAUCGACCGUGAACGCCAGUGUGAUCUAGCCGUUACGUGUAAUAUAGAAUUUGAUGUGACAAUCCAAUCUGAAAAGUCCUCGUUUCUGAAAUUGUUAACUGUUAGAGUAGUCAUUGAGGACAUAAAUGAUAACCAGCCAUUUUUUGUCAGAAAGGAACAGACUAUUUUGAUUCCCGAAUCUGCGACACCUGGAACUAAAUUUCGAAUUGAUGGGGCUACUGACAAAGAUAUGGGUGGUAACAAUUCCUUGAUUUCUUAUCGAAUUCGAUCCAAUAGUAAAAAAUUUAACGUAGGCGUAGAAAGAAAAUUAGAUGGUAGUUCGGACGUUCGGAUAAUACUUUUACAAAAAUUAGAUCGGGAAAAAAUAAAUCGUUACACAUUAACUAUAUUAGCCACUGAUGGCGGGACCCCUCCAUUAUCCGGAACAUUAACUCUUCAUAUAAAUGUGACGGACAUUAACGAUAAUGUGCCUAAAUUCAGAAAGAAAAACUAUAAUUUUAAUGUUGCUGAAAACACAGCCAUUAACUCCAAUAUUGGUAGAAUACAGGCAGUGGACCAAGACAUUGGUGAUAAUGCCAAAGUUUCUUAUCAGUUCAGCGCCUUACGAAGUGGCAAGAUUGAACAAUUAUUUGCUCUUGAUUCGGCGACUGGCGACCUGACAGUGAAAGCCUCUUUGCAAUUUGAAUCGGGAAAAACUUAUGAAACCAUUGUGGAAGCAACUGACCACGGCAAUCCUCCUCAAGUAGCACAAACUACCCUAUUAGUGAAUAUUAUCGACGUAGGAAAUGAUCCUCCAAAAUUACAAUUAAAUUUAGCUUCUCCUGUCAAUAACAAUAGCAUAUUGCUUUCUGAAGCCGCCCGACCUAAUACGUUUCUUGGCCACAUCAAAGUAGAAGACCGUGACCCCGGGGCAAAUGGAGAAGUGUCAUGUCGUGUUGAGGACCCUCAUUUUAGUGUACAGGAACUAGAAGGAAAGGGAUUCGCAUUAAUUCUUAGAGAACCUCUUGACAGAGAAACUCAACAACAGAAAACUAUUAGAAUCGUUUGCAAUGAUGAAGGGUCUCCUAAACUGUCUAGUUCCACAAGUUUCGUUGUCAUGGUAGCAGACGUCAACGAUAAUGCACCGAAGUUCCAAAAUUCGACUUAUUAUGCUAACGUAUCGGAGAAUGCUGCGAGGGGAACCUUUGUGACACAAGUGUCUGCUACCGAUCCCGACUUAGGAAUAAACAGUCAUUUUAUUUAUCGACUAAGUUGGGAUGCCGAUUCAUUAUUCGAUGUUGAUCCUGACACAGGAAUAAUAACAACGGUCGGCAAGUUUGACCGAGAAACUAAAUCACAAAUGACUUUUACGGCUAAAGCGAUAGAUCAAGGAAGAACGGCGUUGAUAGGUAUCGCUACCGUGGUUGUUAAUAUAUUAGACGAUAAUGACAACAUUCCUGUUAUCAAACCAGAAUCUCUUCAUCUUAGAGUGUUAGAAAAUCUCCAUGCGGGUAGUAUUGCUGGAAAAGUCCAAGUAUCUGAUCAAGAUAUUGGCGUUAAUGGUGAACUAACGUAUUUCAUGGCCGAAAAAAAUCCCACCAUUCCAUUUGAAAUUUUUACCGAUGGUGUUAUCAGGACAAACCGAGUAUUGGAUAGGGAGAGAAAAUCCCGUUAUGAAUUUAAUAUCAUUGUACAGGAUCGCGGAGAGAAGCCACUUAAAACCACCGGUCACGUAGUCGUAGACGUAAUAGACGAUAACGAUCACAGUCCAGUCAUUGAAUUCCCUGCUUCAGAAAACCGAAGUGUGAUAGUAUCGUCUGACUUGAAACCUGGGGAUACAAUAACCAAGAUUAUUGCUUACGAUGGCGACGAAGGGGACAAUGCCGAGCUGUCGUAUUCAAUAGUUAACGGAAAUGAAGGAAAGUUGUUCGAUAUUUCUCCAAAGACUGGUAUCGUCUUUCUAACUCGAAUUAUUACACUUGAUGACAAUGAAUUUUACAAAUUAAAGGUUUGUGUUCAGGAUCAUGGUGCGAAGCAAAGAGAAAAGCGUGAUGUGUUGAAUAUUAAAGUAAUUUUUACUAACGCCACACUGGCAGCUAGUAGACAAAGCUCAAGUGGACAGAAAUAUAUCAUCAUUGCAGGAAUCAUUGCCGGUUCCACAGUGGUACUUGCCAUCAUAAUAGUGACAAUUAUUCUCAGAAUAAGAAAUUCUGAUGACAGACACAGACAUGGGGAAACAGUGGGUAUACAGGAAGAAGGUGACCCGAGAGAUUUUGAAAAGGGAAAAGUUGAUGGAACUUUUAAGAAACCUGUGACUUUAGCCCCUGGUGAAAGUUUUCAUAUCUUCCCUAAUUCAAAGAUGGAGAAAGAUCUCAAAUUCACUUUUGGUUCAGAUGACAAAGAUUGUUAUGAUUCUAAACCAAAUUCCAAUCAUUACAACAAGCCAGAAUUUGUCACAUUUUCAAAGGUGAGUUGCUUUUAUCUUUAUUUCCAAAUUCAUAUCACCUAUAACCCUUAA